AUGGCGCCCAGGGUCAUUGUCGUUGGCGGUGGCUUGUCCGGCUUGAGCGCUGCCCACACUAUCUAUCUCGCUGGAGGCAAUGUUGUCGUGCUAGACAAGCAAGGCUUCUUCGGCGGCAACUCCACAAAGGCUACGUCCGGCAUCAACGGCGCCUUGACGCGAACCCAGGUCGAACAUGGCAUUCCCGACAGUGUCAAGCAGUUUUACGACGAUACUCUCAAGUCCGCCCGUGACAAGGCUCGGCCCGACCUGAUCAAGGUGCUCACAUACAAGUCCGCCGCCGCUGUGGAAUGGUUGCAGGAUGUCUUCAACCUAGAUCUUACCCUUGUUUCCCGGCUCGGUGGCCACUCUCAACCGCGAACCCAUCGCGGCCAUGAUGCCAAGUUCCCUGGCAUGGCCAUCACCUAUGCCUUGAUGCAGAGGCUCGAGGAAUUGGCCGAGACCGAGCCCCACCGUGUCCAGAUCAUCAAGAAGGCUCGCGUUACCGGUCUCAACAAGGACGGCAACACUGUCACUGGCGUCAAGUACGAGCAUAAUGGCGAGGAACAGUCUCUCGAAGGUCCCGUCAUAUUGGCCACGGGUGGUUACGCCGCCGAUUUCACCGAUUCUUCUCUGCUGAAGCAACACAGGCCGGAUACUUACGGCCUCGCUACCACAAAUGGUUCCCACGCCACUGGCGAUGGCCAGAAGAUGGUGAUGGCCAUCGGCGGCAAUGCUAUCGAUAUGGACAAGGUUCAGGUUCACCCAACUGGUCUUGUUGACCCUAAGGACCCGGGCUCGAAGUGGAAGUUCCUCGCUGCCGAGGCCCUGCGUGGCGAAGGUGGUAUCCUCCUUAACGCUGAUGGCGACCGCUUCUGCGACGAGCUGGGUCACCGUGACUACGUCUCUGGCAUGAUGUGGAAGGAGAAGGACAAGAACAAGUUCCCUAUCCGCCUCAUCCUCAAUUCCAAAGCCUCCAACACCCUCGACUUCCAUACCCGCCACUAUUCCGGACGUGGCCUUAUGAAGAAGAUGACUGGCGAGGAGCUUGCCAAGGAGAUUGGAUGCAAACCCGAACACCUCCAGAAGACUUUCCAGACCUAUAAUGCCAUUGCUGAUGGCAAGCAAAAAGACCCCUGGGGUAAGAAGUUCUUCCACAACAUGCCGUUCGACAUUAGCGACACCUUCCACGUUGCUCUCAUGGAGCCCGUCCUACACUUCACCAUGGGCGGUAUUGAGAUCAACGAUAAGUCCCAGGUCUUGAACAGCGAGAAGAAGCCGUUCGAUGGUCUGUUUGCCUGCGGUGAGCUUGCUGGCGGGGUGCACGGUGCUAAUCGGCUGGGUGGCUCGUCCCUUCUGGGCUGCGUCGUCUACGGUCGUGUGGCUGGUGACUCGGCCAGCAAUUAUCUGUUCCAGAAGGCCCUUAGCGGCAGCGCUGGCGCAGCAGCUCGCUUGGGCCAGAUCUCCUUGCACCUGGAUCCCUCCAAGCCCGGCCGUGUGACCGUCGACUGGUCCGAUGUCAGUGGGUCCGGCGUUGUUCCUCAGCAGCAGACCUCUGCAUCCACGGGGCCUGCGCCUGAGAAGGCCGACAAGCCCAACGACCCUAAGAAGUUCACGAUCCCCGAGAAGGAGUACACCAUGGAGGAAGUGGCCAAGCACAACAAGAAGGAUGACCUCUGGGUCGUCGUGAAGGGUGUCGUCUUGGACCUUACCAACUGGUUGGACGAGCACCCCGGUGGUCCGCAGGCCAUUAUGAACUUCAUGGGCCGUGACGCCACCGAGGAGUUUGAGAUGCUACACGACGACGAGGUUAUCCCCAAGUACUCUCCGAACCAGGUCAUCGGCCGCGUAAAGGGACAAAAACCAACUCUUGAGAUCUAA